CGUUGCUUUGAAAGGAGUCCCAGCCACAAACCUUAGUCAUUCUCCAUGCAGCAAUGACAACCCGACCAGUUCAUCGAAUGUCCUGCAUUAGGAGCAGAUAGACAGCUAUUGGAAGGGAGAAAGACUUUAAAGAAGGCACGAGUCAAAUUCAGGGAAAACUGGCCAGGUAAAGCAGAUUACAUGCCUGGAUUUCAUGUACAGCCUUUUCAUCUAUAAGAAAUAGGCUGGGUUUGUAAGAGGUUCUUUAAAGACUCAUUGAGACUUCUGACUAACUCUCAGAGAUUAGGGAUGAAGAAGAGCUGCUCUCGGUUCAUGAAGAGUCGGACUGUCCUUCUCCUAGCACAGGUUCUGCCAUAAAGUAUUGAGUGCAAUGCCAUUCCUGGGCAUUAUAGCUUCCUGUUUCCUACUUUUAAUUGUCACCACAUCUUCCCAUGCUUCGUUGGACAUUAAUGUUGACCCAUUUAUCCAAUACUCACCUGACAGUGAAAAUGGAGCAGUGGAGAACGUCCCAAAAGAGCUGCACAGGCAGAAGCGACAGGUAGCUGCACCUGGCCUUUCCCCUAAGGAAUACGCUAUUGUCAUUCAGAUCAAUUCGACAGAUAUGUCUCUCUUGGAAUUCAUCAAAGAUGAUUUACAGAAUCUUAGUUUUCCAGUUGAAGUGAGCACUUCAGAUGCAGUGGCGAACAUUUCAAGCAUCAACAUUACUACCGUAUGCAGUUCCAUCAGUAAGAACGAGGUCCGUUGUUUUUGUGAACCUGGGUAUAGCUGGCCAGCUGCUGUGUGCCAUGCCAACCCUAUCUGCCCAGGUACCAUCCCAAGAGCAGAGGAGAUCUGUGACUGUCUCAUACUAUUGUCUUCUCAAGAAUCCUAUUGUCAGCAUCAGCCUGGAGGCACUUCUGCUUUUCCAAUAAAAAUGUCAGUCAGACUCAAUGUCACAUUCCAGGAUGCUCUUCGGAAUUCCUCGUCUGAACUGUAUAUGAAAUACACAAAAGAUUUGGAAGAUGCCUUUACAGCUGGCUACAAAUCUUUACCGGGCUUCAUAUCAGCAAGAGUCACCGGAUUUAGAAAUGGAAGUGUUAUUGUGGAUUAUGAGGUCAGAGCUGCCCCAGAAACAUACAGCCAAAUUGGAAAUGCUAAUGGAGACAUAGCAGGCUUACUAAAUGCAUCAUAUAUGUUAGACUCUAGUUCUUUUUUUUAUUCAAUAGAAAAAGCAGGUGAAUCCAACUUCAUUGUGUCCCCCCAAGACAUUUUCCAGGGUGAUACGGUAAUAAUGAAAUGUGAGAGAAGUUUUGAUACAGUGAAUGUGACCUGGUGGCAUUCUGGACUUGUCAUCUCGAAUAGCAGUCGGCAUUUAAUACAUACGGAAAUGACAAAUGGAAUCACAAAGUCAAUUCUGAAAAUUACCAAUGUUACACAGGCUGAUACUGGCUUCUAUAUUUGCAAUUUCAAGGAGAUCACUCUGAGCUACAUGGUGACAUUUAAAAUAACAAACAAUAUAAGCAUCACACCAAUAGAUAUAGUGUCAUCAGAGAAGAUGGACGUUGUAUGUAAUGGUACCAAAGUAUUGCUGAGCUGUUGCAUUGCUGGAGAUAUACAAUCCUUUACUAGUAACUGGAGAACAAAUGAAGCAAUAAAUAAUUACGGAACCGCCAGUAACACUACAAACUGCACUGAGUACACUCUCCAUGCCAGUCAGUCUCAUUGCCCAAGCGACAAGUCUGGUACCACGAUAACGUACACAUGUGAGCUGCACACGGGGCAUGGUGCUAUCGCAAGUAGAGACAUCCAAGUGACGUAUUUCCGAGUAGCAAGUGUAAGAAUAGAAUCUUCCAACUCAAAAGCUCAGGUUUCCGAGGGACGCAAUUUUUCUCUCACAUGCAUUAGUGAUGUGAGCAAUUACGACAAUGUCGUCUGGCAAAUCCAAGGUAAAAUUAUAGACCAGGAGCCAUAUAUCAACACCAUGAAUUCAUCAACCGAAGCCAGGUCUGUGCUCACCGUGAACGCUAUUACUCAGGCAUGGAAUGGCACCUAUAUUUGCACAUUCUUUCAGAAGUUUUUGCAAAGCUCUGCUUAUACAACAGUUGAGAUUGUUCCUCUGCUUGCUAAGCAGCAUAUUGUACUGGAUCCCAUUGAAGGAUUUAUACAAUGCGACGUAUCUCGUGCCCUAACAUGCUGCACAACCAGAAGAGAAAACUAUAAUGUUACGUUCACUGUUCAACAAAGAGAAUUCAUAGGAGUGCAAGCAACACAAGGAAACCAAGUGUGCUAUCUAUACAAUUAUACAGAAAGCUGCAACUCAAGGACAAAUGUGACGGUCUACUGUACCUUUGUUAACCACAUUCAAGAUAAGGUCGAAAGUUUCCCUAUGAGACUAACUGUUAUACCAAAAAAUAAAGUUAUGUGUUCAGACAUCAUUGGUGUGGGAGAGCAAGGAAAACAGAUAACAAAACCCUGCCCAGACUCCAAAAAUGUGAGUGGUCUGAGCAACCCCAUCAGAGGGAAUAUCAUCUAUGGGUGCAUCGACAGCAAGUGGAUGGUUGCUAGUAACACCUGCCUCUCUGACCAAAUAAACACACUGUUCAGUGCUGCUGAGUCUUUGGUGUCUGGCCCUCAGCCAACACAACAGAUAGCCACAUAUCUCGAGACACUUCACAAUGAAACAGGGAAAGAACAAGAAGAAAUAAACAAUUCACCUGCAAACCUGAAUGCAGUGAUUACCAUCCUGAAUUUGGUUUCAAACAUCUCGACAGAGGCAGAUCCACGCAUUAUGACAAAUUUCCUCUCUACAGUGGACAUUAUUGUCAGCAAUUCCACAAUACCUGCCUGGAAAAAACUGAACAAUCAGGAAAAAGAGAAGAGUUCCCAGUUACUGAAUUCAGUGGAGAGAUUUUCCCAGGCCCUUCAGCCAGUGAAUAAUACCAUUCCUUCUAUCACCAACACCAACCUUCAGCUGCAAGGGAUAGUUAUCCCAGAAAAUAGCACAUUGGACUAUAAUAAGACCUUUACUUUCUCCAGUUCAUCAAACCUCAGUGGUAACGUGCUAAUUAAUAGCACUAAGAUUCAGAGCCUGGUACCAAACACAGCCAUUAUCAGUGUGGCUUUCUCAACACUCAGAUAUAUUCUGCCCAUGCCCAAUGAGACAGAUGUGGUUGUGAAUGGCUUGGUAAUGACAACAACAGUGAGCCAAAGGCACCUGCAGGGCUUCCAGAUCGCUCAGACUUUUGCCAAAGGCAAUACUUCCCUGAGAGAUCCCCAGUGUGUCUUUUGGAACUUCUCUCUCUCUGACGGUGCAGGGGGAUGGGAUGGCACAGGCUGUCAGUCGAAGGACAAUGGAGACAAUGUCAUUUGCAUCUGUGAUCACUUGACUUCGUUCUCAAUUCUUAUGUCGCCCUACAUGGAAUCCACCUCUCCUGGAGACCCAUUGCAGCCACUAGAUUACAUCACCUACAUUGGCCUGAGCAUUUCCUUGGCGAGUCUGGUGCUCUGCAUCGUAAUUGAAUGUCUGGUGUGGAAAUCUGUGACCAAAAACAGAACCUCCUACAUGCGCCACGUCUGCAUCUUGAACAUAGCUGUGUGUCUUCUGAUCGCAGAUGUCUGGUUCAUUGUCGCUGCCGCUCUACAAGACACAAAGAAGCCAGUGAAUGGAAAUGUCUGCAUAGCUGCCACCUUUUUCAUCCACUUGUUCUACCUUUGCGUCUUUUUCUGGAUGCUUGCCACGGGCCUCAUGCUCUUCUAUCGCCUGGUCUUCAUUUUACAUGACACGAGCAAGACCAUCCAGAAAACUGUAACAUACUCUUUGGGAUACGGGUGCCCUCUCAUCAUAGCAGUCAUCACCAUAGCAGUCACUUAUCCACAGGAUGCUUACAGGAGGGAAAACGCCUGCUGGCUCAACUGGGAGAACAGCAAAGCGCUCCUUGCCUUCGUGAUCCCCGCGCUGACCAUUGUGGCUGUGAAUUCAAUCAUUGCUGUUGUAGUCAUAGUGAAAAUACUAAGGCCUGCCAUUGGGGAGAAGCCAAGCAAGCAGGAGAGGAACUCCUUGAAUCAAGUAAUCAAAAGCAUUGGCAUUCUGACCCCGUUAUUAGGCCUCACCUGGGGAUUUGGACUGGCGACCGUUAUCAAAGACAGCUCAAUAGUCUUCCAUAUACUAUUUACUCUCCUCAAUGCUUUCCAAGGAUUAUUUAUUCUGGUGUUUGGAACUCUAUGGGAUAAGAAGGUGCAAGAAGCCUUGUUGAAUGCAUAUUCAUUUACAAGAUGGAGUACGCAGCAAGCAAAGUCAACGUCCCUGGAUGUUUCUGCUCCUGUGUUUUCCAUGAGCUCUCCUUUCUCAGGCACACUAAACAACUUAUUUGGCAAAACAGGAAAAUACACAGUUUCUUCCACUGACACAUGUUCAUCUACGGAAUACACCUCCAACACAUAUUCUUUGCUUCAGUGACAUGCUGCAAAAGUUGAACCAAAUCUCUGUGAAGGGACCUGGGUCUUUUUGCCAGUCAUACAUCAAAAGAAUGAAAAAAUACUCUGUGAAAUACAGAGAAGUGGACUUUACCCAGACUGCACUGUGCUUUGGCACGUUUUAAGAAUCAACCCUUCUAUUUAAUAUGUUCUUACUAUUUGCUCCCAUAGGGGGCAGAUGACUCAGUAGUCUACAUUUCGUGCUUGAGCUAUCUAGCCUUCCUAGCAUGAUGUGUUCAGACCCUAAAAGGUUAACUCAGAGUGCUGACCUUCUAAGACCUGGAGCAUACUGAUGAUUACUACAGGGAGACCUUUCAGAUGUGACAUAAAAACACUUGGGGUUUUUUGUCGUUGUUUUUGUUUUUUGUUUGUUUGGUUUCUUUUCAAUUUUUGCUCUAGUUUAAUACUGAGGGCCCUCUACAGGACUUUUGUAAGAACAAGAUGGCUUAUCUUAUAUCCCCAGCUAAAAUUUCCCCUUCCUUCCUGGCUUGUAAUGCCUUAGGACAGGGCUAAUCAACUUUGGAAGCCCUGGGGGCCACAGUGAUACUCACAGCACAGGCCAAGGGCUGCAACUUAAGUGU